AAACUCUACGAUAUACAUGAAACUUCUCAUGCUUACUCCAUCCAUCCACCAGCUCCUAGAAACCAUUUAUUGCUUUAUAUAUAAAACCUUGUUUCAACAUCAACCGCAAUCACAUUUAGAGAAUCAAGAAUUAAGCAAUCUUCAUCUGAGUUUGUGUUCCACAAUGGCAUUAGCACGUCUAGCUCUCAAGAAUUUGCAGCAGCGGGCCUCGUAUUCUGGUUCGUUGCUGGCCAAAAAUGCGGCGGAGAAACAGAGAUGGUUUCUCCGGGGGCUCUCCUCCGCUGCGGAAGAGAAGGCCCAUGAGGUGGCGGUGCAAGAGGCCGAGGGUGGCAAGAAGCCCAAGCGGCGGAGGGGUGGCAACCUCUGGAGGAGAGAUGGCCGUGACUUCGUCCCUGCUCUUUGGGAUAUGUUCGACUUCCAUAGGGGAUUGGGAAACGCGUUGGAGAACAUAAACAGGGUGGUGGAGAAGAUAGCGCCGCAGGCGAGGGAGCACGAGGACAGCUACAAGCUCCGGUACGAGAUGCCGGGGAUGGGGAAGGACGACGUGAAGAUAACUGUGGAGGACAGGAUUCUGAGCAUACGAGGGGAGCAUCAGCAGAAAGAGGAUUCCGACGACGAGUUCUGGUCAUCCAGCACCUACAACACCAGCCUCUUGCUGCCGGAAGAUGCAAAGCUCGAUGAAAUCAAGGCGGAGAUGAAGGAUGGAGUGCUCAAUAUACUCAUACCUAAGGCUGAGAAAGCACACAAGGAUGUUAAGGAAGUUGAGGUUCAUUAACUCAUAUCUAUCCACUCAUGUAUGUUGCCUCGUUUUGCCAUCUUCAAAAUAAUCAAGACUUCAAAGAAUUUUGAUUCA